CUUUUUACGAUAGCGGCCAGAGAAGUGGGAAAAAUAUCGGUCUUUUUAGGGCAUUUUGGGGAUUUGAAGAAAGAUCCGCUGGAGCUCUUCAAGAUUCUUCUCCUACCAAACAAUCUCCGGUCACUGUCGGUCAUUCUCUAUCCUUUAAUCGGAUGAGGGAAAACCCCAGAUUUUGAAGACAACCCGCAAUCCAAGAGAACCAUGACGGAGGCCGAGAGCCAGAAACGACGUCGUCUCUGCGAUUACUGCGACGCCUCCGUGGCGCUGCUGUACUGCAGAGCUGACUCGGCCAAGCUCUGCCUCGCUUGCGACAACGAGGUUCACCACACGAACCAGCUCUUCGCUAAGCACUCGAGGUCACAGCUCUGCGACUCGUGCGACGACGCCGCUGCCUCCGUCUUCUGCGAGACCGAGCGCUGCGUUCUAUGUCAAAACUGCGACUGGGAACGCCACAAUUCGUCUUCCGGAGACGGAAGAUCCUCCGCGGUUCACAGCCGGAGACCCUUGGAGGGUUUCACUGGUUGUCCUUCGGUGACGGAGCUUCUGGCGAUUGUCGGGUUCGAUAAUCUGAGCGAUAAAGCUCUGGUUUUGAGCGAAGAUGGCGUUGCCGGGUUACCGGGUUCCGGGUCAGCCGGGUUGUCGGAGUGUCUGCUCUGGGAGACUCCGGAGAUCGUUAGCCUCAACGAUCUGAUUGCUUCGGGCGGUUCGGAUCACAAUUUCCGGGCCAUGGAUAUUCCUCCUCUACCGAAGAAUCGUCAUGCCGCCUGUGGGAAACACGAGGUCGAAAUGCUCCGGCAGUUUCGCGCUCUGGCGAAAUCUGAGCCUCCUUGUCUCAAACACGAAGCUGUAGAUACAGAGCUCGACGUCGGUCUCCAGUUUCUCGGUUCGGAAGCAGGGUAUGAUCCUGAAAACUUCAGUCCGUUCCCAUCCUGGGAGGUGAAUGGGAUUAAAUGGUCAGAUUUAGAAGACGAUGAUGCCAUUCCAUACAUUUCUUCGCCAAGAAACAGCAUCUCAGAGGAGAAAUGGAACUCUGCUGACAAUGUUAUAAGGAGGAGCCACUGUCCUGAAGAAACGGUGAUGGUUCCAGUAGUGAGAAGGGCUCUGCCUCAUCACGAGAUCAAUAGCCAGGAGAGGGACUCUGCUCUCUCACGAUACAAAGAGAAGAAGAAAACGAGAAGGUAUGAGAAGCACAUCCGGUAUGAGUCACGCAAGGUUCGGGCAGAGAGCAGGGCCCGAAUCAGAGGGCGCUUUGCUAAGGCAGAUCCAUGAAGCAUCCAUCCACUGAGCUUUGGGGGGAGAGGACAGAACAGGCGUACGGAAUUUGUGUGGUUUUUCUUUCUUAAAACGUUUCUGUACUUUUUUGUUGUUGUUGUAAAUAUGAAGCAGAACUCCGCAGAGAAAGAAAACAACGGAGAGGUGCUCCAUUGCCAACGCUGUGUCCUGAUGUGGCUAUCUGUAAUAUGUAGUUUUAUUUGUUAUAUAUAUAUAUAUGUAAGUGCUAAUGAUUAAAUUACAAGAAAGCGAGCACACUCGUGUCUA